AUGGCUUCGAACCAAGGCCCGGCGGCGGGCGUCAUCAACGUCUCCACCAUGCAGAUCGUCCGUCAGUACAUUUAUUCUUUAUGAAAAAUCACAAAAAAUUUGAUACCAGAGAAAGUAUAAAAAUUAGGAUCGGAAGAAAUUUUCCAUAAAUUUAGGGAGGAAAAACGUAAUGAAAAAAAAUGGGCUUUAGUUUUACAAAAUUUGUACAGAUAACAAAAAGUGUUUUCUGUAUUCUCUAAAAAUUACCCCGAACACUAUUUAAAGGGGUAGAUAACAUAUCCAUGGUGGCUACUAGCAUAUUUUUGCUAGAAUCAUUUUAAAAGCUGCUAAAUAUUGGUUUCCAGCCUAUACUGUUUUGAAAGAAAGAUUAGAAAGCUCACCACUUUAUAAAUAGAACUUUGGUUGCAACGACUACCAGGGAUAUUAAUAUAUCUUCAAAAAGUUGUUUGAGGAAAUUUGAGAAAAUCUCGAAACUUUACGCCAAAAAAACUUCCUUAGGAAUUUUCUCAAAUCCAGAGCUGACAAUUCAGUUGAACUGUUUCAAUUUCAGAAAUCCACCAUUAUGCGGAGACGAUGACGGGCAGCGAGGUGGACAAGUUGUACCAAGACGACGCCGUUUGGAUCAUUACCAGCAGUUUCAUCAUCUUCACCAUGCACUCUGGUGAGUUUUUGUGAAGUCAUCAAAGAAGAAAAAGUGGGUUUUUUUGAAAUUAGUUCUACACGAUUUAUUCGAAGAUAUUCGUUCCCAAACGAGACGAAGUAAUUGCUUUUCUCUCGCGUUUUUCGAGCUUCAAAUGAUUGAAUAAAAACGAUGACCAUUCCUAUUCUGGUGGAAUUGACAAAAUAAUUGUAGAGCCUUUUCAAAGUUCAAACAUCAAUCAAUGAAUUUUCUCAUUGUAGUCCUGGGGAAUUCAUUUCGUUUGUGUGAAUGAAAUAUCGGUGUUCAAUAAGCGUCUCAACUGGAAUUUAUCCUAAGUUAGACGUUAAAAUUAAAUUCAUCAUUCUUUGGAGAGGUUUCAGAAAACAAUUUAUAAGAAACCUUCAUAUACUUUGGGUUUGGGAAUUUUUUAAAAAUUGAUCACAUUAAUUUGAAAUUCUUUACCUUUCAACAGCCUGUUUUUGGAGAAACCGUGGGUACAGGCAAACAAGCUUUGAGGCUUCUGCUCUCAAAAAUUCGGAAUUUUUGCAGGUUUAGACUCCCAGAAUCUUUCUUUUGCUACAUGAAGGAAUAUUCCAGUCAAUUUCUAAAAAUUUCUCAAACAAAAACGAAACCGACCUUUCUUUUUCACCAUUCAAAGGAAAAGCCUUCAGGGUUCGGUCUUCUGGAGUCAGGAAGUGUGUCCGCGAAAGAUGAAGUGAACAUAAUGGUGAAGAACGUGGUCGACGUGGUUUUCGGAGGACUUUCCUACUGGAGUUUGGGAUACGGCUUGUCUUACGGGGACUAUGAACCGUUUCGUAACCCCUACAUCGGCUUCGGAAAGUUUUUCUACGACCCAACAAGGUUAGACCAGAAACUGAGAAGUAGCAAAGUUGUGUUCAGAGAAUACGGCAACAAGGAGAACGUCAACCAGGAGGGCUGGUCCUACGCCGCUUUCCUGUUUCAGCUGAGCCUCGCCACGACGGCUUCUACCAUCGUUUCUGGAGCUGUCGCUGAGCGAGCCAAGCUCAAGUCCUACAUUCUUCUCGGUUGCAUAGUUAUCCUGAUUCAGGUCCGCGAGUUUCUGUCUGGACGCUAACAGAGAAAAAUUUUCAGGCAGCUCCGGCGCAUUGGGUUUGGGAUAAAGAAGGCUUUUUCUACAAGAUGGGCGUUGUCGACUUCGCGGGCUGCUCGGCGGUAGGAUGAACACUUGAACUUUGGGUCUAUCGAGAUAAAGGUUCACAUGGUCGGCGGCAUCAUCGGACUCAUCGCCACAGUUUAUCUGAAGCCGCGAAGAAAUCGCUUCAAUGAAGACAGUGUCCAUCAGAUGAGCAGCCCCACCAACGCUCUACUUGGUCAGUUUUUGUUAACUGAAAGAUUAAUACAACGUUCAAAAAUUAGAAAUGUCAGCCUUUCGGCUCCUAAUUUUGCGGAAUUCAAUAAGAUCUUGGAGAAUUAGAGCUCUAAAAAUGGCUCGCGCUUUCCAAGAUUGUAUUUAAUCUUUUUAGGAACGUUUCUCCUUUGGUGGGGUUGGUUCGGCAUAAACGCUGGAUCGGUGUGGGGAAUCACCGGGGGAAGAUGGCGGCUGGGGGCCAGGUUCAUCUUAUCCGAUUACGUCAUUCCACUAUUCCUGAUAUUCUCAGAGCCGCCGUAGCCACCAUCAUGAGCUCGAUCGGCGGCGGAGCAACUGCCAUCACGAUCAGCUUCGUCAAGACGAAAAAACUUCAGGUCAACUACCUGAUCAACGGGAUAUUGUCUUCCAUCGUUUCAAUCACAGGCAAGGAAAUAAGGCUUUCCGAUGGAAAAUGCAAAAAGUUUUCAGCAAUGUGCGCGGUCUCGAGACCUUGGCACGCCUUGGUCAUAGGCUCCGUGUCUUCUGUCUUCUCGAUAAUGGUCCUGCCGGUCCUUGAACGACUUCAUAUCGACGAUCCUGUUGGUAUUGUGCCAAUCCAUUUGACGUCUUCGAUUUGGGGAAUGUUGGCCGUCGGGAUCUUCUGCGAGAAAGACAAACACUUGGUGAGAUUCUUGGGAAAUUUCUAAGACAGAUAUUCAGUCUAAUUUCAAAAAAAAAAGUUUAAAAGUUGUAAAUUAAGACAUUCAAAAAAGCUGUAUAGAUGUUUUCAUAUGAAUAUUUAGGAGUUUAUCUCGAAAAAGUCACUUCAUUCGUCGGCCCGAAAUGAUAAAGAUAAUGUAAAAAAAAAGAACAAAAAACACCAAAGAAAGAAAAUAAACAUUAUGAGCCGAAGCUCGUUUUUGAGUUUCGUUUUGAAACCAGAAAGUAUAAAGUGUUUCGUUUCCGCCAAGGUCUUCUAUCCAUCUUUUGAUUUGCAGCUUGGAGCAACGAACAACAUGGAGGGGCUGUUGUACUCCUGGAGCUUCAAACUCCUCGGCGUCCAAGCCUUGGCGACAGUCGUCAUUCUCGUCUAUUCGGCGGCAUGUGGACUUCUUGUUCUUUUCGUAAGAAAGUUGGAAUAAAUCUCAGAAUGAUAUUUUUCCUUUUCAGCUGCUCAGCAAAAGUCCUUUGGGUCUUCGUGUCACGGAUUAUGAAGAACAAAUCGGUGCUGACGUCAUCGAGCAUGGCCUCGCUGGAACAAACGUUGCACGAUACGUUAUUGAGAAACCUCUUUCCACCAGGUACUUUCUUGUCAGGGAAGAUAACCACAUUUGGAUCUAAAGGACCUUCCAAACGGUCACCAAAGCGAUCACCAAGUGGAAGAUGCUGGCGAAGCAGAAAAGCCGCCAAAAAAGGAUGGAGAUGGCGCGACUGAAACGUCUGGAGGAGGAACAGCAGUCCACGCAGAUCAUCCACAACGGAGGUUUGCGCAGAGAUCGAAGGAUCGAGUUGGACUUUAACAUCCAGGGACGAGCAACGGAAACGUCCUUCACCAUCGAAAGCCUUCCAUAACCGGCAAUGGCCGAGUAUCGCCUCCGGAAGAACGUAGAGCUCCUGCCGGUCCUCUUCCGAAUGGAUCAGCAAGUAAAAUAUUCAAAUUGAUGAUUUACCACGUUUACUAUUUUCGAAAAAAAAAGAACUGUUACAGCCUCGAACAACAGUCGACGAGUAGCGACCGCCAUCCAAAUGGAGCCGAUCCCGGAGGCCGAGUCUUCGACCACCCAAAGAUCUACUUCCAGAGGUCAAAUAUCGCACAGGUACCCUCCCUCUUAUUGAAAAAAAGACUCUGUCUGCUCAGGUCUCCUAUCACGUCCCCAAAACCAGAAGAAACUAGUGGGGGUCCGAAAAAACUGUCCGUUGUGGUCGUGAGUGAGACAAACGAAGAAGCCGAGAAAGCGCCGUCUUCUCCCGAGCCGGAGCCAGAUCCAGAAGUGCACGUUUCUGAUUCGAGCAGUAAUGUGCGGAGGGCCGGACAACGGAUUAAGGUGAUCUUUUUUUUGUCACAGAUAUGAUUCCUGUGACAUUUUCAAGAUAUCAAUUGUCGCUUUAGAAGUCAGACCUAAAAAAAAAAGAUUUUUUUUUCCAUAAGUCCGCAAUAGCUUUUGAGAAGUUUUUGUCCUGUCUUUCAAUUUUGUCUUAAAAUAUGUCUUUUCAAGUCGAUGUUUGCGGCUUGCAAGGAAUGUUCAGGUUGGAGAUCUAUGUAUCUGAAUUAAGCAUGACUGAAGAUGGAAAGGGCUUGAAAACUAAAAGCUGACAGUUUAUUUGUGAUCUUGAUUCAAUUUUCAUGGAAAAAAGUUGCGAUCUGUUCAACAUAACUUUUCGAGGAAGUAAUAAAACAACUUCCGAUUAGACUUUUUCCAUUUCGAACAUUAUUUAUUCCAAAAUGCGAGUCUGGAGUUCAAUUGACUGUUUCAGGCUGAUCGACCGGCGACCUCUUCCAACAUCGGAAUCACGGUGCGGCCCGGGACUUCGGGCAAAUUCGUAAGGUCUCCGGCGGCCCGGCCUCUGUCGCCUUCUCCAGACCUGUCGAUGGACCAGUCGCCGCCCGCCGGUCCGAGCUUCGGAAAAAGAUCGAAUCGAGUCGGACCCUGA